ACCGCAUCUUUGCGCUUAACUUUACAAGAAGGACAUGUAAGUGUUUCUUUAUAUUCUCGAAGUUCUUCUGCCAUUACUUCAUCCAAUGUUUCAGCAAGUUCUAUUUUCUUCAUUCUUUCAACUUUACGUCUCAAUUGAGCUAUUUCUUCCUACAAUGAAAUAGCAAUAAUUUAAAUAAAAUAAUUUUGUUUGUAAAAUUUCCUACAAAAUAUGCUAUUUAACACGUUAAUAUUACCUGUAAUCUUUUUGUUUUAUACGCUUCUGCUUCCAAAGAACUAGUUUUCUCAGCUACAACUUGUUGUGCUUCUUUCAUUUGAGAAUGGUAUUUUUCUGAACAGAAUAAAAUUAAAAAUAUAUAAAAAAUAUCUACAUAAAAUAAUUAGAAAUUAAAUAUAUUUCUUACCAAGAUGAAGUUUUAAAUCAGCUGCAGACUGAGCACUUUCAAUAGCUUUCCUUUUAUGCAUUUCCAUUGCCUGUUGCCUCAAAGCCAGUUCUUUCUCGACAGUAGCAAGAGAAUUUUGUAAAAGACGUUCUUUCUCUUCUAAUUUACGAACAACGACAUUGGCAGCUUCGACUUGCGUUGUUAAGGUAGAAACUUGCUCUUUUAAAACGUCUUUCUCUUCCCUAGCUAAUUUAUGCAAUUGAUUACUUUUAAUUCUUUCCGUCAUAAGUUUAAAAUUCGCGUCAUCUUUUUCACGUAAUUGUUGAAUUAGUCUGGAAUUUUGUUCUUGCAUAUCUUCAAAAGCUUGGCCGGUUACUUCCAUUUCAUUCAAAAGAGCCUCCUCUUCCUGAAACCACACACAAUUCUGUUUAGCAUUACCGAUAGUUCAAUAGUUUUAAAUAAAAUUCGAGUUUUAUAGAAUUUAUCAAAUAUAUAAAGUUACCUGCUUUUGAGAAGCAACUUGACGCUGAAGAGUAUAUGCUUGUUCUUCUAAUUUUUUAAUCUUUAUUUGUGCAUCUUCAUCUGCCAAUUUUUUGCGCUCUUCUCUCUUGCUUUCCUAAAUAAAAUAUAGACUUAUUGAUAAAAUUAAAGAAAAAAAAAACGAAAAAUUUUCAAUUAAAAAUCAAAAGCUGCACAAAUACCUGAAUUUUCUUUAUUUGUUGACGUAAUUCAUCUAAUUCCGCUCUCGUUUUUCUUUCAGCUGCCAUUAGUUGCACUUUAUCUCUUUGUUCUUUUCCAACACCUUUGUACAUGUCCAAUAAUAAUUUCAUUUCUUUCAUUUCAUUCACAGCCUUUCUGUAAUUAGAACGACCAAGUGCAAAUAACGAAUAAAUAUAAAUUAUGAUACUGGAUAAUGAGACGAAUCAAGACAUACUUAAGUUGUGCUUUCAGAUCUCUAACAAGUUCUGAUUCCGCUACCUUCGUGUCUUUGGCACGAUGUGCAGGAUCGCGAUGUUCAGUUUUAAUAGUUUCUUUCUUUGUAUCUUUUUCACGUUUAUUAUCUUUUUCUUUCUUUAAAGUUGGCGAUGUUAAUGUCAAAGAAUCUGGAGUUCCUUUAUUUCCUUCUCCCUCUCCAACUUCAAUAGUUUCUACUUCUUCUUCUCCAGAUUCUCUUUUCAUUGAGACUCCACUCUCUUCCUUUAUCUAUAUUAAACAUUAACAUAAAAGUUAUCUACUAUUUGAAAAAGUCUUACAAUACACUUUGGAAAUACAAAUUUAUUCAAACCUGUGUAGAACCUGGAAGAGAAUUCGAUGCAUCUUCUUCUUUUCCGCUGCCAUCCGAAUUAUUGCCUUCUUUGUUUUCCUGAGACGUUUGUUGGCCUAAUUUUGUUGUCAAUUCUUCGAUUUCUUUCUUCAGCUAUAGUAAAUCAAAUAUUAACUGUAAAUACUUUCACAUUGUCGAUAUAUUUUUCUCAAAUAAUUUAAUAACAUACGCACUUUCGGUAUUUCCGAUGAAGCUUCUUUGUAUUUUCGUUUAUAACGAUGGACUUCGCCUUUAAGUUGUUGAUUAUGAUUUUGCAAAGAUGUAAUCAAAUGUCUCAUUUCUCGAUUUAUCGGCCCUGUUUGUUCGUUUGCCGCUAAAUUUUGUUCAAAUUCGAUUCUUAACAUUUCAUACUCCUUUCGUAAUUGAGCUAAAACGUCUUCCAGUUGUAUGCAUUCUCCGCGUAGUUUCUUCUGUGCCAUGAGUUCUUCGCUCUAAAGACGUUAAUAAAUUUAUAUAAUUUUAUAAUAAAAAAAAGAAAAAAAAAACAGUAAAAUACACUUGCCUCCAUCAUUUCAAUAUGUCGUAAAUGAGCAUUUUUACUGGAUUGCAAUUGCUGACGAGCAUCGUCUAAUUGAGUUUUCAAUUGCAUCGAUUCAUUGUAUAGUACAGAAAAUUGUGACUGUAAACAUUUGUAUUCGGUCGUCUCAACGAUUACCGAUUCUGGAAGUUGUCGUAUCUGUAAAUAUAAAAUACUUUUCAAAGUAAAACCAAUAUUUAAACAUAAUAUCAAGUAGCCUUCCAUCCAAUUCUUUUUAUAUGUAUUUUAUUUAAAUGUAAAUAGAAGUAAAACACAAGACAAAUCGGCAAAAGCAAGUACAACAUGAAUAUUUAUUGCAUAAGACAUUAAUUUACAUUCUAUACUGGUCACCAUAAACAUAUGUACAAAAACCAAAGAACUCACAUCCAUUUUUAAUUUUUCUACUUCUUUCAAUGCAUCGCGAUGCUGUUGAUGCAGUUUAUCUAGUUCUUGUAGUCUGUUAUUAGCUAACUCUCUGGUUUCUUCCAAUUCCCUUUGUAAAUCUUCAAGCUAUAACAAUAAUACAAAACGAAUAUUAAAUAACUUGAUUUUAGAUAAAUAGAAGUCAGUAUAUGGCAAAAUAUUAUACCUUUGUUUGUGACACACUCGAAGCAACUAGAGUAUUUGGUUUAUUACUUCCUUUUUCAUCUGUACCAUGUAUUUGUUGAAACGCUUUUAGUUUCUCAAUUGCUUCUCCAAGAUGAUGUUCUAAUUUAUCAUUACGUGCUCUCACUUUAUUCAAUUCGUAUUGAAGAUCGUCCACUUGGUUACGCAGCUCCGCAGCAAUGUGGUAUUUUUCAUGGAGCUGUAUAUUUAUUGCUUGAAGAUUCCUAUUUUCCAUUUGUAUUUCAGCAUUUGCUCUACGCACAACUUCGUCAAUAUUGGGUGCUUCUUCUAAAACGUCUGAAACCUGUCGAAAAAGCCGGUCUUUCGACAGAUCUUUACAUUUUAAUGAAAACGGUCGACAAAAAGUACGUGCUUAUAACGGAAGGCGCCAUUGUAUCACGGCGUUGCAUACGCGGCAGAUCAAAAAAUAAGAUCAAACUACCACUUUGAAAGAGUACACUGUCCCUUCAAAAGUACAACAGUAUUUUUCAAAUUUGAAAGAUAAAAUGCUGAACAAUCGCGCGCUUGAAAUAGUUCCUCCACCUCCGCUAAAAUUUACUUUGCAUCAAUGGCAUCUAAAUAAUCGUCACAGGUAUCGAUGUUCGGAGGCUCAGCAGGAACUAGCAGAUCGUCUACUUAACGAAUCUCAGCGUAUUUGCGAAUUAAGUUCUGAGAGAGUACGAAACAAUAAAGAAGAAACAGACCACAGAUUAAAAGAAAAAAUCGAGGAUAUCGAAUUUCGUAAGAAAGAACUGCUGCGUAUAAGAAAGGAAGUUCUCCUUGAAAUCGAUGCUCUAUCGAUAUACAAGGAGCGUAUCAUGGAUGCUUUAUCAUCCGUGCGGAAAAAUGCUCUUAUCAUUUGCGAGAAAUGCCUCAGUUUUAGAGAGCAUAGAUUAGGAAUUGAUUUAGUCCAUGAUGACGUUGAAAAAGAAUUAUUUAAAGAGUGUGAAGUAAUCAAAGGUGUCGAAAAUUUGCUAGUUCGGACUUUAGAACAAACUCAGGAGCAAAUACGUCGUCUUAAAGCGACGCUGUAUUACAUGGAUCAUGAACUCGAGGAUAAAGAAAAUAAUUUACGUAUCGACAAGUACAAUUUAACUUUGAAGGAAACCAGUUUAAAUUUAAGUACCUAUCACGAGUUGAACGAAUGGGAAAUGCAAACUAACAACAAUAUUAUUAAUGCUUCGAAAGAGGUGAAUAGCGCUAUACCAUUGCGCUGUUAUAUCGAUACCAUUAUAAAACAAGCGAUCGAUGAUUUAAAUGACCAGAAAAAUGCUACCGACGAGGCUUUCAGACGACGCAUCGAGGAAACGAAAGAAGCAAAAAUUAAAUUAGAAUUGCAACACGCCGAGAUAAUGCGACAAGCUGCAGAAAUGAAGGACAAUAUUACGCGCAUAGAGAAAUCAAUUGCAGAAAAGGAAAAUUUUUUGGCUUUGGCGCAUACAAGACUCGGCAAUCGUUGUCAAAGACCAGGAUUAGAGCUUACACGAGAUCUAGUGGAAACUAAUCUUGUAAAGGAAGUAUGUGAUUUACGCGAAAUCGUAUCGAAACUGCAAGCAACUAUGUUCGAGGCUCAGGCAUCAUUACGUUAUUUACUCAAAACACAAAUUCAGAUGGAAGAAGAUAUCAACGUUAAAACAAACACGUUAAAAAUCGAUGAAGUUGACUGCAUGACUCUUCGUCAAAGCCUGGAUUAUCACGCAUAU